AUGGCGCCGCAGGGGGGCCAAGAGACGCGGCUCACCUUCGUCAUCGCCUGGGACGAAGAGGUCUGGGACGAUCUCAGCCCAACAGAAGAAGCGGCCAUUUCUGUAAGCUUCACAUCACGUUUGCUUCUGAUCCCGGACCUUCCGCCUUGUUGCUCACAACAAAACAGGUCUUUACCGCCCGAGAUCCGCAACGCCAUCUACGCCUACGUACUCACCGACUCUGGCAAAGAUCUGUUAACCUACUGCGGCAUGUUUCUGCAACUUGACGACCGAAGGCGAGGGCGCCACUUGGAUCUCUCGAACCACGAGCCGGAGAAAGUAUCCGCCCGCAUCCUGCGGACCUGCCGGGCCGUCCACGACGAGGCCUCGGGGAUACUGUAUUCCGAAAACACCUUCUUCGCGCUGGGCCUGCACGAGCUGCGUCAGUGGCUGCAGGCCAUAGGCCCGAGAAACCGCGGGUUCCUGCGCCGCGUCCUGGUGGGAUGGGACUACAGGGCGACGAGGCUCCCCCACGCCCAUCUCGGCACCUCCGCGCACAGGCUGGAAUACUGGGAGAGCCGGUCCUACCCGUGGUUCAUUGAAAUAUCGCGGGCGAUCAGCGAUCUCCUGGCCGACUCCAAGGGCCUCGAGGUGCUGCACAUAUCGUACCUCUCGCGCACCCCGGCGUGCGUGCUGCCGCCGGUGUCUUUUCACCGGUGGCAGGCGAGGAGCAACAGCAUUCUCCUCCGCUACCAGUACGUGUACUCCCGGAGCACCGCCGAGGCCUUUUACGACGGCUUCCUCCCCCUCAUCACCAGGGGCCUGGAGAACGGGAGGACGCCGGAGCAGAUGAGCCGCGUCUUGCUCGGCUCGCACUCGCGUAUCGAGGUGCCGCGGACGCAAGGGCAUUGGGAGGGUGCUAUGACUCAACUUCAGGAGCUGGAGGAGGCGCAAAUGCAUCUCACGUUGAUGAUUGACAGGUACCGAGAGUGUUGA